UUGCAACCCGCCGCCAACCACCAAGCUCCUUCCCCGUAACCUCCCGCGACCCUCAUCCCUCCCGAGAACCUCCUCCACCGCCGGCCGGCCUCCCCUCCACCGCCCUCCUCCCUUCCCCUCCUCUCUUGUAAAGCAGCGGUGUCCGGCGACGACGACGAGGGAAAGAAAGGGAAGGUGAUAGUAAUAGACAUGGUGAUGUCGGAAGUUGGGGGUGAAGAAGAUUUGUCCCGCCUUCACAUCAUCACAAGAUUCCUAGUCGGCGGCUGAGUCAGAAUCGCCACCAUCAGCAGAAGGAGGUUUUCUAUCCUCUCCUUGCCACAUUCGAUUCUCCCAAUCGGUCAUCUUUCCCAGGUCUGAUCCCUCUUCCACCGGUGCCUCUCUAUUAUUGGUCAAUUGUUUCCUCUGUGUAACAGUGCUAAAUGGCAAGGAACGGAAUGAGAUGGAGUUCUGUUGGACUAUAUUUGCUUUUUAAUGGCAAUUGGAAGGAGGAAGGAGGAAUUCCAUUGGAAUGAUAUGUUUUUUUUCCUUAUAUUGGUAGUGAUUUUUUUCUAUAGUCCUUGUAUUGGUAGUUUUUGUAAAUUGAGUGGUAUAGAUUGUUUAUAUUGGUAGUUUUCGUGUAAUGGUAUAGAUUUAUUUCUGCAAUGGUAUUGAUUGUUUAUAUUGGUAGUUUUCUUGUAAUGAUAUAGAUGUAUUUCUACAAUAUGGUAUUGAUUGUUUAUAUUGGUAGUUUUCGUGCAAUGGUAUAGAUUUAUUUCUGCAAUGGUAGUUUUCGUGUAUUGGUAUAGAUUUAUUUCUGCAAUGGUAUUGAUGUUUUUCAAAGUGGUAGUGUUUGUCUAAUAGAUUGGUACUGAUUUUGUUUUUUUUUUGUUUUUUUUUUUUUGCAGGAAGAUUGAGAAAAAUAUGGAAAGGAAAUCUGACUGGAGAUCACGGAAGUGAGAGAAAGAGAGAAUUUUAAUUAAUAGAUUUUUGUAACUAUCUAAAAUGUAAUUUAUUCAAAAACUAAUUAAUGUAAUUUAUUCAAAAACUAGUUAAUAUAAUUUAUUUUUCUAUACCCAAUUUACCCUUAGUAAUCACCGUAACCUGUCCCGGCAUCACGGCGCUUUGCAAAUUUGACCCACUUCGAGUUGGCGGAUGGAUGUUAAUUUAUUCAAAUCAUUGUGACCCGGUGUGGGUAAUUCUAAUUCAACAAUCUACACAUAAUAUAAUACACCGAAGGGAAAAGCGGGAGCCCCAUUUCAAAUUUCCUGCAACGAAGUGAAAAUAGGAAGGACAUUUUGGUCUUCACAAUUACUUUUUUUUAUUCAUUAAAAAGACAUGUAGUGGGAUUCGAACCAUGACCAUUUUAAGGAAAAGUAAGGAUCAUAACCAAUCACACUAAGUACAUUUGUUGUAUCUUUUUAAAUUAGAAACAUAUAAUAGCAGGGAGGAAAAAACCCUUCCCCCAUUUCAAAUUCUCUGCUCCAAUAGCGUUUGUAGGAAUGAUAGAAUAGGGAGUGUCAAUUUUUUCCUCUUUCCUCUGUGGAACGGGCCAACUUACCGUACACAUGCGGAUUUUAACGGGUUCAGGAGUGUCAAUUUUUUUCAUUAAGCCCUUUUAUUUCUUCGUGGUGAUAAAAUAUAUAUGAAAAGGCAAAAACAAUACUUCUUUUUAUUGCUAAAAAUAAAAAAAAAAUUAACAAUAAACUAAUGCAUGGUAUCUAAUGGGCUAAUCGCUUACCAUAAAAUAAAAGAGUUGAAUUGGCCUGACCUACACGGGAUUUAGCCAUCAAGUAAAACAAAUGAACACAUUGGUUUGACAUUCUAAAACAAGCUAUUUUCUCUGGCAUAAUAUAUAUUAUGCUAUUAUUUUAUAUCUUAGUGGCUAAAAUAUAAUGUAUUUUAAAGUUAUUCAAUGGUUCAACCUCGACCAACCCAAUUAGUCCCAUCUUAAUCAUUUCAAAUAUAUAUUAUAUAAUUAUUUGAUAUCAUAAUGAUCAAAUUAUAGUGUAUUUUAUAGGGAAUCGUUUGGUAUUUGUUAGUAAAAAACUAAACAGAAAGAUCUAUUUGGUUAUUUUAAACAUUAAAACGAUCCUAACAUAUUCAUUUCCUUUUGAAUUUCUAUGGUUUUAUUCCCGAAUAAGUGAUGUGCAAAUGGCAAAUUGCAGUCAUCUCUUUUCUUUCACUAUUUUUUAUUUUCAAAUAGAAAGUUUAAUAGUAAAGAAUAAUUAGAAUUUGGCAUGGGUCGGUCAAACAGGCUGCAUUUCAAGUUUUGGACCGUUUUGAUCAAGUCUAAUUUAUAAUCACAAGGUUUCCUGAUACCCGAUAAAAAUCUCAAUCCAAACCAGUUUGGCAGGUGAGUCCGUGUUUACCACCAUUUUCUAGGGAUACGACAACGACGGUUCCUAUCCCAAAUCGUGUUGUUCAUUCUUGAUUUCCUUAGAUUUUAUCAUGGUCUGAAAAAAACCAGAAAGCUCAAUGACGACAAGAUGAAAGUUUUAUAAACCAAAUUAAUCGGCCAACGGGCCGAGUAAAAAGCUAGCAACGAUUGUGAGAUGCUCAUUUCCCGAAAACCGAGGGGAUAGGCGAUUUUUUAUUCGAUUUUUUGGAAUUCGGUUUCUAUAAAACUUACUCCACCUCAUCAUAUUACCAGAAACAAUAUUGUUUCACAAGUUAACAGGUACUUGAUUUUGGUUCAUAAGGCCGAUUUUUGAUUUGUUGCAUCAUUAAUAUCUCUUUCGUGCUAAAAUUCACUAUUUUUAUCACGUGUUUCCCAAAAAAACUAUACAACAAUAAGCUAUACAUCCCAUUACAUUAUCAAAUUUCAUACCUCACCUUCCUCCGGCCAACUGGCCGGGGCCACGCUAGUCAUAUCUAAAAACAAAUUGAGAGUGAAUUAUUUCUAAGGUUUCAAUCAGUGUCAUUAGAAUUGAGCUGGUCGUUCAAACCGAUAAAAUUGAGACACAGCUAUUAAUUUGGCUAGGAACAGGAAAAAAAUCAUAUGCUUUGAACCAACGGGUUGAUUAGCAAUCCCGAUGGUUUAUUGUUCGAACUGCUAAAAAUGGUCAUUCAUUUCUACACUCAUUUUUUUAAAAUAAAAAUUCAUCCUCUGGUGCGUAUCGGGUUCAGUGCAGGAGAAUUGGAAAAGUUGUUUAAUAUUUGAAAAAAAAAACACAUGCAUGCACAUUGAGGUCGUCGUUGGGGAAUCAGAAUAAAGAAAUUAAUUUGUUUAUUUUUCAGCAAGGUUGUUCUCCUCCCGUGGAUUCAAAGUUACUAUAGUGCUUAUAAGUUUCUCAAUUUUAGAAAUUUGACACAGUAUUAUUUAAAAGUCAGAGCAUUAUUUGAUAAUAGGAUUUUGUGUAAUUAGGAAAAUAAUCCAAAUGAAUAUCCAAACCAUUACUCUACAUUUAGCCCAGAAAUUCUAGUCCCAAUGAUUUUUAUUUAAGAAAAACAAUAAAAUCUAAAAGUAAAAAAAUAUAAAAGACUAAAAGUACAAAGUUCCAUUGAGUUUCUUUAUAUCUAUAUUGGAAUUGAGUUUUUUUUUAUACAUGGAAAUAUAGAUUGAGCGGCAUGGCCUAACCUAUACUGGCAAAUAUCAAAGCCACUAAUUCUGCCGGAGACAACAAGCCUUUAGGACUACUGGCAUGAUUCUUAUUAAGCUCGUAAAGACCAUUGUGAAGCUCAGUUGAACUAGUCAUUUGCAUUUUCGACAUGUCUUGUAAGAAGAAAAACGAGAAAAGAAGGUAAGACAAACCAUAUACCUCUUGGUCAAUGUACUCGCAUAAAUUUGAAGGUAUUUUUUGGCACAAGGAGAACAUCAUCCAAUAAUAAAUUCUUUCUCACAUAACCAAUGUGAGUUGCCUUAACAUUAUGACAUGUAGGCAAUGUUAUAAGCACAUAACCAAUGGCUGGUUAGAUAUGUGGAUUUUGUAUCAAGAAUCCAUUCUUCUUAAGGAUGGUUUACUGUAUGUGGUAUACUUGCAUGCAUCAUUAUAAUUAUUAACGAUGAAAGCAAAGGUUGGGUAUGAAGCACAAGCAUUAUUGUUGCUUCCAUUUCCAUUAUUCAACAAGAUCAUUAAAGCCUCAUAUUGUUAUUUCUGCAGGGUAACACCUUCAUUGCCUGGAAAGUACUAUGACUAGUAGCACUACAAGUAAAAAGGAACAACAUUUAGUUUAGUGACCAUCUUCAUGCCUUUGAGAUGGAUUUGAGUGUGCUUGCUGAACAAGAAAAAAUCAUGUUCGUUUCUUCUGUUAAGAUAAACUUUUAUUCUAGAACCAGAAUCCAAGUUGUGGAUUUAACAAAUACCAUGAUCAUCUACUACAGUUAAGUUUAAAUUUAGAUAAUCGGGGCAUGGGGUUUAUCUAUUAGAGGUUAGGGUAUCAUACCCCAAAUUAAGUUAAAGUCAUGGUCUAGAUAGAGAUAUCUUACUAGAAGUACAUGAAGUAUACUAUACUCCACUCCACGAGUACACUAGUCUGACCCAUAUAUAUGGUAAUGACUUGUAUACUCCAGGAGUGUGGUAUACUCCCGGUGAUCUGAUCGUUAAAUGUACUUCGAUUAGCUUCGGCCAAUAUCAAUGGUCAAUUAUUAUUUUUAAUUAAAUUAAACUUUGGGUUUGAGUUUAGAUAAUCGAGAUCUCUAGUUUAUUCAUUAGAGAUUAGGGUAUAGUAUCAUACCCAAACUCAGUUAAUAUUAUAGUCCAGAUAGAGAUAUCUCACUAGAACUACAUGGAACAAUGACAUUUCAACUUCAGUCCUUGAUAUGGAUAGAAGAGGAACGACACUGUUCCACUUAAACACUCCUUAGUCAACUUUGAAGUCUUCUUUUCCUCUGCAUUUUUUCACUCCAAUAAGCUCCACAACUGUAACUACUUUUACAUACAAAGGAGCUUUUUCACGGGAAGCUCUUAUACUAUCGAUAUAUAUAUAUAUAUAGCUGUGGGUUAUUUACACAAGAAGAGAAAUUUGUAGAUAAAAGACGAAAUAAUGGACAUUGUGAUGCCUUGGGUUGAUGUUGCGACCUAUCUUUAUUUUAAAAAAGCCCUCUCUUUUCCUCAACUGAACCCCGCGUUUCCUCUCUCUCUCUCUCUCUCUCGCUUUCUCAUCUCCCUCUCUCGCCCAACCAAACAUUCCACCACCGGCUUCCGCCUUCCCCCGCCGCCGCCAAUCUCUCCUUCCCCCCAAUUUCAGUUCAAUUCCACAACCAGUAGCUCUGGUAGGCAGAGCAAAAAGGCCGAGCGAGCUCAUUAAAUGGGCAACUGUAACGCCUGCGUGCGACCGGAAUUGCCGCCGCUGGAUUCCAAAGGCCAUGGUACCAAGAAGAAGCCCAAUAGCAAGGACAGGAAGCCCAACCCGUUUUCUGAAGACCCGAUUCGUUCCGCGGCCCCGAUCCGGGUCUUGAACGACGUCGUCGCAGUCAGCCACCGUCCCCGGAUCGGAGACAACUACAUCCUGGGCAGGGAACUGGGCCGGGGCGAGUUCGGGAUCACGUAUCUGUCUACGGACAAGGAGACGAAAGAAGCGCUUGCCUGCAAGUCGAUUUCGAAGCGGAAGCUCCGGACGGCGGUGGACAUAGAGGAUGUGAGACGGGAAGUGGCCAUCAUGGCGAGCUUGCCCGACCACCCCAACAUCGUCAAGCUGAGGGCUACUUACGAGGACUACGAGAACGUUCAUUUGGUGAUGGAGCUGUGCGAAGGGGGCGAGCUGUUCGACCGGAUUGUUGCGAGAGGGCAUUACAGCGAGCGAGCGGCGGCGAGCGUUACCCGGACGGUCGCCGAGGUUGUCAGGAUGUGCCAUGUGAAUGGGGUCAUGCACAGGGAUUUGAAGCCCGAGAAUUUCUUGUUCGCUAAUAAGAAGGAGAAUUCGCCGCUCAAAGCCAUCGAUUUUGGGUUGUCCGUGUUCUUCAAGCCUGGGGAGAUAUUCACUGAGAUCGUUGGGAGUCCAUACUACAUGGCACCAGAGGUGUUGAAGAGAAACUAUGGGCCCGAGGUUGAUGUGUGGAGUGCUGGAGUGAUACUUUACAUUCUGUUAUGUGGGGUUCCUCCAUUUUGGGCAGAGAGUGAGCAGGGUGUUGCCCUUGCAAUUUUGAGGGGGAAUCUUGAUUUCAAGAGGGAACCAUGGCCACAGAUUUCAGAAAGUGCCAGGAGCCUUGUUAGGCAGAUGUUGGAUCCAGAUCCCUCCAACCGCUUGACUGCUCAGCAAGUGCUAGAUCAUCCGUGGAUUCAGAAUGCGAAGAAAGCUCCAAAUGUCCCAUUGGGGGAUAUUGUGAGGACGAGGCUCAAGCAGUUCUCCAUGAUGAACAGAUUCAAGAAGAAAGCACUCCGGGUCAUUGCUGAACACUUAUCACUCGAAGAGGUGGAAGUCAUAAGAGAUAUGUUCACUCUGAUGGACACUGACGGUGAUGGCAAAGUAUCGUACGAGGAGCUGAGAGCUGGGCUUUGGAAUGUCGGCUCACAGUUGGCCGAGCCAGAGAUCAAGAUGCUUAUGGAAGUGGCCGAUGUCGAUGGAAACGGCACGCUGGACUACGGCGAGUUCGUAGCAGUCACAAUCCACCUGCAGAAGAUGGAGAACAAUGAGCAUGUCCGUAGGGCGUUUGUGUACUUCGAUAAGGAUGGCAGUGGCUAUAUUGAUCUGGAUGAGCUACGAGAGGCAUUAGUCGACGGAAAUGGCGAAACUGAUGAAGCUGCCCUAAAUGACAUCAUGCGAGAAGUGGACACAGACAAGGACGGGUGCAUUAGCUACGACGAAUUCGUGACGAUGAUGAAAGCUGGAACCGACUGGAGAAAGGCUUCGAGACAGUACUCGAGAGAGAGGUUCAAGAGUUUGAGUCUCAACCUGAUGAAAAAUGGAUCCCUCCAUCUCCAUGACGCACUCACUGGUCAGACGAUUCCCGUGUAAGGGAGAGCUAUCUUGGGUUGCUUGUAGAUCGCUCGCUGAAUGUUGUCCUGUCCUUUUUGGCAUUCGUUGCCAUUGUAUAUAAACCAAGAGUACUGCUUUGGACGAGAAUGGACGAGCCAGGAGAAGGCACAUUAUGGUGGUGUUGGUGAAUGUUGUUUCGGGUUGGAGUUUACAGAGAGAUGAUGACAAGAGCUUCUGGCUGGCUGCUGCGCGGCUGAAUGGCGGGUUGUACUGAUGCUUCCUCUUCAGCUCCUUUGUAUAUAUUUGUUGUGUUGUUGGGGGUUGAGAGAGUAUUCUUCUGUUUUCUUAGUUUGGUUUUUGGAAUAUUUCCAUUUUCUUUUUACAGUUGAUACGGCCGUCAAUGGCUGCCAGCUCCAGAUUGGGUGAUGAAAUGUGAAUAAAAAACAAAGCAUGCA